AUGCGUCUAUGGAACGUGAAUGGUUGUGAUGGACAAUACGAACGAUCUAGUUGUUGUUUUCCUAUGCAAAUAUUUCCAUGUCUUGCAAGCCACUACUCAAUUUAUUGUGAAAAGAUGGACAUCCGAGUGUAUAAAAAGUGCUUUACAGUUUGCUACUCAAGUGGAAGAUCUGAUACACAUCUUGAAAAUGCAAUUGACUGUGUUAUUGAGAAUUUAUGCAACAAUCCAUACCUGUCUCAAGCAAAUCGUGAUUAUUUAUUUAAAUACUGUUUGGAUACCAAUCGUAAACCGCCUCAAUUCACGAAAUACUCACCAGAACUACACUUUAUACCAGAACAAUUACUAUUGAUUAUUGAAUGCCGUUUAUUCGGUUCACAUAUUUCUUCAUUAAGCAAAGUAAAUGAAUCGGAAAAAUUUCUGGAUUCAUGUUUUAUGCUGGAUGACAAGUAUACAAUUCACCUAAUUGUUCGUGUUCUCGAACAAUCUGAACAGUGUGAAGAGAGGGAUACUUUGCGUUCUGCUUUAAUUGCUUGGCUGUACAUUGCCAUUCAAAAAGAUCAUAGGGCGUACAUUUCUUUGGCUUCAUAUAAUCAUCAAUGUCUACGUGAUUUGUCUAUACAGAUUCCAGAGUUUGGCAAAGUUAUUUUGAAGUUAUUUGACGAAAUUGAACAUACUGAAAUCUAUGAAGAAAGGUGGCAACAUGAGGAAAACAUUGAAGACAGAAACCAAACUAUUUCACUGAAGAACUUAUUAAUUAAUCUUUCUCAACAAAUAAUCUAUGUUGAUCACUUGAAUCCUUUGCUGUUAUCACAAGUCACUCGAUUGAGUAAGAAGACAAAUUCUACAGCCAAAUUUUGGAAGUCUAUUUUAAAUGUCAUUGCUAUAACUUGA